UGUGGGGGAGGGUUUGCGCACACAGACAGUUGACUUUGCCUUAGCGGGAGACGAGAGGCGCCCUAGGACAUCACCCACACAGCAGCCGGGGACGGCGCAAAAGUUCCGGCGAUACCGACAGAGCAAAUCGCAGAUCCAGAUUUACCAACUCCGGCCUGGACUAAGCGCUUUAGCGUGGUUCUGUGGAUAUUGUUUUUAGUUUCUAUCGCCGCAGCAGUCUUGCCGACGCAGCCGGCUCCAGAGGAAACCAUAUCUGGUCAAAGUAUUCGUUGCCUUCAUAAAGCGGGACGGCCGGCUAUUAAUAGCGCUGGAGGAGGCGGACUUCAAAUCAUCUAGGAUUUCUCUGCAGAGCCAAAAUCAAGGUGUGUGAUCAUGUCGGUGAUGAGGAAGGAGAUGGAGAAGUACCGGGACAUCGAUGAAGACGAUCUGCUGCAGAAGCUGACAGAGGAAGAACUUCAGAGACUAGAGAAUGAACUGGAGGAGCUAGACCCUGAUAAUGCCUUGCUGCCGGCCGGAAUGCGGCAGAAGGACCAGACCAAGAAGGCCCCGACCGGGACCUUCCAGAGGGACGACCUGCUGGCACACCUGGAGAAGAGCGCCAACGAGCACCCGGACAAGGAGGACCUGGUGCCCUUCACCGGGGAGAAGAGAGGUAAGGCGUUUAUUCCUAAGAAGCGGUCCGACCCCAUCCUGGAGAACGUGACCCUUGAACCCGAGCUGGAGGAAGCUCUGGCUAACGCUAGCGACGCCGAGCUCUGUGAUAUAGCAGCUAUCCUGGGGAUGCACACCCUGAUGAGUAACCAGCAGUACUAUGAAGCUCUGACCAGCAGCACCAUCGUCAACAAGCAGGGCCUCAAUAGUGUGAUCCAGUGUACCCAGUACAAGGCGGUUCCUGACGAGCAGCCCAAUGCGACGGACGUGGAGGAGACGCUGCGGAGGAUAAAGAGCAACGACCCCGACCUGUUGGAGGUCAACCUCAACAACAUCCGGAACAUUCCGGUGCCCACCCUGAAGGCGUACGCGGCGGCGCUGAAGGAGAACAGCGUGGUGGAGCGGCUGAGCGUCGUGGGAACUCGGAGCAACGACCCCGUGGCCUACGCGCUGGCGGACAUGCUAAAGGUCAACACCACCCUGAAGAGCCUCAACGUGGAGUCCAACUUCAUCACCGGCGCCGGAGUCCUGGCCCUCAUAGAGGCUCUGCAGUCCAACACCACCCUGCUGGAGCUGAAGAUAGACAACCAGAGCCAGCCGCUGGGUAACAAGGUGGAGAUGGACAUCGCCAGCAUGCUGGAGAAGAACCGCACCCUGCUGAGGUUCGGCUAUCACUUCACCCAGCAAGGGCCCCGGCUCAGGGGCUCCAACGCCAUGAUGACAAACAACGACCUGGUAAGAAAGAGAAGGCUUGAAGGAGGACCCAUCUUCCCAAAGUGUCGGACGAACGUGUAAAAACCAGGGUCCCCCCGUUCAGACGCCAUCAUGUCUUCUUCAUCCCCGUCCAACCACUCCACCUUAUUGACCUCUCCCUCACUCCUCUCUUCUCCCCGCCUCUAUGUACUUCUGUCAUCGAACCCUCCUGUCCACCACCCCUCAUCUCAACCUCCUCUCCUCUCUUUCACCUUCCGUCGUCCUCCACUGUUACCUCCACUCCUCUCUCAUAUCCUCUCCUCCACCUCCUCUCCUCCUCCAUCCUCUUGUCCUCUACCUCCUCUCCUCCUCCUCCUCUCCCCCUCCACCCCUCCACCUCCUCUCCUCCUCCUCCUCUCCCCCUCCACCCCUCCACCUCCUCUCCUCCUCCUCCUCUUGUCCUCCACCUCCUCUUCUCCACCUCCUCUCCUCCUCCUCCCCUCCCUUCCCUCCGUCGCUCGGCCCUAGCCGCUAGCUGCCUAGCUUGUAAAGUAGAUGCUAACAGAGACCAGUGCCCUGACUGGUGUUUUCAAAGAGCCAUAGCAAGGUGUUUCUGAGCUUCAGGAUGGGGGAGCCGGCUUCUCGUGGCUGGCAGAGGGCAACAGAACCCUUGGCUGUAGCUCUCGUUUCUAACUAACCAAUACGGUGAUAGCACGAUGAUAGAGCUACUUUUUUCAGGUGUCUUUUUUUAGAAGACCUUUUGGAAGCUAACCGUAGCUUGAACCUUGUUUCUACAGUUUCAGAUUUAUUUAAAUAGUUGUAUUCUGCUGUAAAGAAUGAUUAAAAGCUUUUGUUGCUAUCCUGCCCUCAUGGUGGCAAACACCCCAACACCGUUAGCAAUAGCCUCCCAGCUAAUGCCCCAUAUAUACAUACUCUGUUUUAUACAUUUAAUUUAAUGUAAAUUUGUUCAGACAGAAUACAUCGAUUAAAGGUACUGUAGGGAAGAUUUAAGAGUGAUAAUUUGAGAAUAGUAUUAGAAUAUUUAAAUUUUUAGACCACACCUGGUUAAUUUCUGACCAAUCAGGGCAUCUCGCCCUAAUUUGGGUAAUGUAUUCACCCGGUCAAAGACAGGUGGUGAUUGUAAGCAUUCUCAAUGCUUGAGAAACAUAGGGAGGGAGGGUGCAGAGAGGGCGGGACGUUUUUUAUGUUUAUUUUUUCAAAAUCAUGCUCUUUAUGCUGUGUUGUGCUCUCUCUUUACACCUCACCAACCUUACCUACAGCAUAUUGAAGGGCCUUAUCAACAGAGUGGUGGUCCCCUUUUUUUUGGGCCCGCGGUGAGAACUCCUGGUGAUCGUUGAGAGCCCACUCAGGCAGCGUCAUCCUGUCUCAUGAUGUCACUUCCUCCUCUAAUUAGCUUUUAAUUUAACCACCCUAUGAUAGCUGGCCAGGAGCCGCUUGCUGAGUGAGCCCAGAUCAAUUAACCACAAGCCCUAACGAGCUGCGGGUGUUUGGACCUUGAGGGCUCCCGUACUCCGCUGCUGUGCUGAACUUUAACCUCCCAGAUAUAAAGAGAAGAUAUUUAUUUGUGGUGGACCUGGGGGGAGGGGUGUGGAGUUAUAAACCCAUUUGAUUUUACCUCGGGGCCCUUUGCUUGUGUCUGGAUUCCACUGAGAGAUGCGUAUAAAGUGGAGAGGUAUUCUUGAGGAAAUGACAGUGUGUUCUCCUCUUAUAUGCACGUUCACGCGAGGUUUUGAAAACAGACUUUUGUUUAACAAGCACCAGCCAGGUCUCUCCGGUAGAGAUGGUUAACGUCACAGAGACCAACCUGGGUAAAUAAGGUUGGAUCACUCAGCCUGGAGCUGUCUGUCAACUGCAGCAGGCAUGGACACGUGGAGAGAGAGACUAAAUAGUGUAGUACUCCACUAAGUAUAACCUUAAUUAGAUCACCAUUACGGCAGGGACAACUCCAGGUGCAUUGUGGGUAACCGGGAGGUCUGGUGACAGAAUGGGUUUAUUUCUCAGCUGCUCCCCCGUUGGUCUCUGAUGUGUUUGGACUGUUUGUGUUUUUUAGUAGUUAUUUACUGGAGAUGGAGGCCAUAAGGUAAUGUCCAGGGUACUAGGUUUGUUGAAAGUAGCUGUUAUUCAUUUAACUAUGGAACUUUUGUUGAGACUUUUUAUUGUGACACUGACAGAUACCGGUUUCCUUUGUAACUGAGAAUGCAGAUCUGUUUUCACUGUGAUGAUGUGUGCAAACAACAACCAUGUACACAUACCGUACACAGCUUCAAAAUAAAUGUCCAUCGUGUAUGUACAACCACAGUCUCCGAGCCCUUCAGUGAACUGCACAGCCUCGAUCACAGGAAGUCACAUUGAAUAAUCAAAGGAAGUAGUAUUGUGCUUGGAGAUGAGGGGAAAUACAUUACCUGAUUACUGAACCCAUUAGUGGCUUUUGAUGAGGGUGAAGUGACUGCAACGUUAGUUAUAA